UGGUAAGGAAACAAAACACUUAGCAGAACUUUGUGAAUAGGCAUUUCUACCCGCUGUCAUGUGGAUAGAGGAGAGCAAUGUGCUGUCAGAGAUUCAGGGCUGACUGAAGGAAAAGACAUUCCAUGAUAUGGCACAAAGGAUGAUAGAAAACUGCAGAGGUGUGAGGAUUUCUGUCCAGCGGGCAACACGUUGUGCUCCUUGGGGUGAGGAUAUAUGCCAACGAUAAUGGUUGUACAUAGCCUUUUGGAAGCUUGGAAGCAGUAGGUGACAGAAGAUUCUGGAAGGUGUGUACGAGCCUUUUCUCCCUGUGGCUGCCUUCAAUUCUGGCAUCAUGUCAACUUAUCAGGGUGGCAGUGUCCGCAGCAUCCGGCCAUUUAAAUCCAGUGAAGAAUACCUGUAUGCCAUGAAGGAAGACUUGGCGGAAUGGCUUAAGGAUAUGUAUAAUCUCGAAGUUUUUGUGGAUAAUUUUAUUGAGAUCCUUGGAAAUGGAUCUGUGCUCUGUCAGCAUGCCAACAAUGUAACAGAGGUGGCAAGGGAGUUCGCUGUACAAUACCCUCACCUGGCAGAGAAACUGCAGCUGCCUAAAUCAGGAGUCAAGCUCAAUAUGAUGGCCCAACCAGGGACUUUCCUGGCAAGAGAUAAUGUGUCCAAUUUCAUCCAAUGGUGUAGAAAGGAAAUGGAUAUUAAGGAUGUCUUAAUGUUUGAGACGGAGGAUCUGGUGCUAAGGAAGAACGAGAAGAACUUUGUUCUAUGUCUGCUAGAGCUGGCUAGAAGGGCUUCUCGUUUUGGUAUGAGUGCUCCCAUGCUAAUACAAAUGGAAGAGCAGAUAGAGGAAGAGAUCAGGGAAGAAAUGGACCUACCUCCACAGGAGAUCCCAGUUCCUAAGCCCCAAAGAAAACUCUGUGACUUCAAAAACCUUGACCAAAUGGUGCAGCAUUUGGUGAGCAGAUGUACUUGUCCUGUACAGUUUUCCAUGAUCAAAGUCUCUGAAGGAAAAUAUAAAGUUGGAGAAUCCAGCACACUCAUAUUUGUUAGGAUUCUUCGUAACCAUGUGAUGGUAAGAGUCGGUGGAGGAUGGGACACUCUAGAACACUAUCUGGACAAGCAUGAUCCAUGUCGCUGCACAUCUCUUUCCCACAAGCCAGCUAUAAAACUGGGAAGUCUACAGAAGCAACUUAGUGCUGUGCAUGAAGUCAAGACUCGAUUAACGCCAAGGUUAGACAACCCCAGCAAACUGGAAACAACCCUGAUUGUGAGCAGGUCCCAGAGUCCUUUGCCCCCAGUGGAGUGGAGAACAUAUUCAUCUGGCAGAAGCAGGACACUGUCAUCAAGUAACUCACUGGACGAUAAUGAAAAUAGUCCAGGUUUUAAGACUUUACAAACACCCCCAAAUGACAGGAGAAGCAUGUCAACCAGUUAUAGGGCACAUGAACGAUCAGCAACACCCUCUAGGAAAUUAUUCACAGAAGACAAUCGAGAACCCCAGCAGCUUGCUACCCCCCGGCCUGGGCAUUAUAGACACCACCAUUCUACAUCUUCCUUGGCGUCCCAGUUAACUGGAAGUGAAGAAGAAAACUCUUGUAUUUCAGAAGUUUUUUCUGAAUCUCAAAGUGGAAAACAGAUGGGAAAGAGCACUUUUACGAGUUUAAAAGAACCAUCAGUGAAAGAUGCUUCAUAUAGAAAAGUAAUGUCAGCAACAGAGCCAAGCAAUAUACAGCAGGGUUCAAGAAAUGUCCACCAAUCUAUCAAUUCACAGGAUUCAAGACCAAAGACACCCUCUCGUUUUAUUCGGCCACCCAGCCCUUCUAAGCAGAUCCAUUUUGUACAGAAUCAACAAAGCAAAGGAUUGGAACAGAACCCCAAGGCCCAGACUAUUGGUUACACAAGAUCUCCUUCUCCAGUAAAGCAGACAAAUCUAACAUAUAGCAGAAGACCAGCUACACCAAGCCGAAUUAGCUGUGGCUCUUCACAGUACAAAGAAACGGACAAAUCUGUAGCUAAUGAAAUAAUCACCUCCAAUAAUUAUGUAAAAACAAAACCAAGUGUUUCUAGUGAAGAAAGAAUAAUAAGAACAGGUAGAGCAACACCAACAAUUCAUCUUAACAAAAAUGGAAUAAUGCAAAGUGAACAUAAAGUUUCUAAUUUACCUCUGAGAAUGCAACGUAAACCAGAGGCUAUAGAGACUUCACAAAGCAUAGAACGAGAUUGUAUGUACACUCCUUUACCCAUAGAUCCCGAACAAGAGAAGCAGAUAUACAGGAGCUUAGAAGAUGAAAUCCUAACAAAUAUUAAAGUCCUAGAAGGAGAGUCAGAGGAAAGUAACCCAGAGAACAGGCUCAAAGACUUUACUUCAGAUUGUGGUGUAGCUAGUGAUACUGCUGCCCGUGACUUAAAUAUGCCUGAAAAAUCAACUCAGCUUUCAAGUUUAUGCACUUUAAAGAAACCCAUGGGCCAAGAAGGAGUACCAAGAAGUGGGGUUUAUAUAAACACAACAUGGCAGUCAGGAGCUAGCUAUGAUGAUGUCAUUACAGAACUCACCAAGGGCCAUGUGAAACUUAACAGAGUUGAUGUAGAAAACUGGAUUUCCAAAAUACCUUCAAAAGGUAUAGUAAAAGAAGCAGAUACAUCUCAGAGAAAUAAGGUAUGUGAAAAUGGCCAUUCAGCUGCAGUGCCACAAAGAACACUUGCUAGAAAGAAAACACUGUCCACUGAAAUGAAAGGAAGCAAACCGAAACAGUUGCCUUCUCAAAGAGCUAGGCAACUGGCACUGGAGAAUAAAAAGAAAAUGGUGGAAAAUGUAUCUGAAAACCAGGCUUCAACAGUCAGUGGAAACAGUGAAGAUGCUGUAGAGGAGAAAAUUAAGUUGCCCCAAGGUUUAAAGCCUAAAAGAUCCCUAAAGAAACCUGAAAGAGUGCCUUCCAUUUAUAAGCUCAAGCUUCGGCCAAAAAUACGCCCACGUAGGGACAACAGGCCAGAAAAAAAGGCAUCCAGGAUUCCAACACCAGUUUCCUACCGACAAGCACUAAGUAGAAAGAAUUCAAAAGCUUUAAAGAGGACACAAAGCUAUCAAGCAAAAGCAAAUAAUACAUCACCAGCACAGAAUUUGAAUGAGUCAAAGAGCUCAGUAGUGAUCUCAGAAGAUGUGGUUUCUGAUGAUGAAACCUGUGAGAACUCUGUACCUUUACAGGCUGAAGCACCACUCAAUGUUGGAAAUAGCCAAAGUAGAACUGAUGAGGAGGAAGAGUCAUGGGUCUAGAUGACUGUAAAUCCAUUCAGCUUUGCAUUAUUCAGUCAAGUCUCAGACUUACUUUAGCUAUUUUUUUUUAGCAAAGGCUCUCAUAAAGUUAUUUUAUACUAAUUUUUAAACAGGGAGAACAGCUGUAUGUUCAGUACCUCUAUGAUGAUCAUGAUUUACAGUUGACAAUAACAUUUUUGAAUUAGAUAUUCAUAGUUGAGAAGAAUGUAUAAUUCCUGUAGUUAGCAGGCAAUGUAAAAAAAACAACUCACUCGUGGUUAUUAACCAAUAGCUGCCAAUCAACAAGUAGCAUCUAUUGGUCCCUUUCUUUGAUGCUUACAGAUUUCAAUUCCAGGUUGUCCGGGACUUUGCUGGAAGUUAACAGCAAGUAUAACCUUGGAACUAGAAAUUUAGAAUGCUGCCCAUGGGGCUAUUAUGUUAUACUGAUACAUUUUUCCAAAUAAAUGCAAUUAUAAAGCAGGCAAGUCUUAAACUGAGCAGAUGUUAUAUAUAGAUUGAAAUGUACCGAACACCUUGAGGGUAGGUAACAAAAAAACACACAGUGCAAAGUUUGACCAGAAGGUUAAAUAUACUUGUCCAUCUGCUUUGAGUAAUAACUCCUAGUACAACCUUUUUGGUUUUUUUAAUUCACUCACACACAUAUAUUUAUAUAUAAUGUUUGAAUGUUGUUUUUCCAGUAUUAAAGGUACUAUCCUCCAUGAUAUUUCCCUUCUUAGAAUCAGAAGCAGGGUAAGGGCAGGGUAAUUUUACCAGCACCACCAAACUUCAGUGUUAGGCCAAUACCUGGUUUACAUUAUGAUGCCCUCAUUGCUGAUAUUUUUAGACUCAUUAUCCUACCUAUAUUUAAGUGUGAAACAUGAUCAAAUGGUUUAGAUUCAUAUAUAAAAUGGUGUCUGUGGAGAUAUAUAUACAGUAUAUAUUACUAAUAUUACUUAAGGUGAUGGGGAAAUGAUGUAGUAUAGCAUACCACAAGUGUUCACAUCUUGGCCAACUUGCCAUUGAGUUUGCUGUUUCCUGCAAUUAAGGAAUAUUACUUUCGCUACACUUAUAGUGUUCUUUUCUUUAAAAUAAUGCUUCACAUUUUCAUGUAAGGCUUUUACAUAUUAACAUAUUUGCAACCCCGGGGACAGUGUCUUAAUGUAUAUUGUCCAGCAUAAAAUACCAUAUUACUAUGAUAAACAAACUCUUCUGUAUUUGUUCAUUUGACACUUCUCUUUUGUUCACUCUUUUAGAAAAUGUAAGGGCAACUUUAUGCCAAAAUAAUCUAUGCCACUAUGACAUCUUUGUACAGGCUUUGAGCAACUGUUAGGGAGUUGAAGUACACAAGUGCUUCUAUCUUACUUCUAUACAGAGAUCAAAUUGGAUGAACAAAGAUCAAAUAGGUCAAACAUCUGUUAUGGUGAAUCUUGUGAAUUCAGGUGCAAGUGGGAGAGUAGUCCUUUCACUGGGAAGGGUGGCAUUAACCUUAUCUGCCCUAUAGUGUGCUAAAUAUAGAUUAUGCCAAAUAUUAUAUGGGGUUAAUACAAUUCCCUGGAGGGUUCCAUCAGCGGGUCUCCUGUAACACCAUAGUGUAAGAGCAUAUCCCAAUGCAGUUGUGUGCUCUGCUAGAAGAUUAAGUUGGAGCCUUCAGAGAAGCAAACAGCUACUGUUGUAAGUUUCUGGUCCACGCUUCUAUUUAACCAGGAAAAUGACAGGAAACAAACAUUUCAAGUUAUUCCAAGUGACAACCACUUUAAAGGAAUACUGUCAUGGGAAAACAUGCGUUUUGAAAACGCAUCAGUUAAUAGAGCUGCUCCAGCAGAAU